AUGAGUCAUCGGGAAGCAAUUAAUGAACAAUUAUUAUCAAAUCAAAUCGAUGAUGUCGUUAAUCGUGCAGAGCGUUCUCGAUUAUCGUAUAAUCAACAAACAGAUGAAUUUCGUCAAUUAAAUCAUGAUCUUCAAGCCUAUUUAGGUGAUAUACGUACAAUUGAUGAUGAAAAUCGACAAAAAAUAGAUAAUAUUGAACAUUUAAGAAACGAAUAUGUUUCUACAAUUGAAAAUUUACUUAAAAAAUUACCAGCUGAUUUUCAUGUUAAUUCUAUUCUACUAAAUGAUGCUGUACUCGAUCGUUAUCGACAUAAAUCAAAAGCAAAACGUUUACAAAUGGAAAAAGAUGAAUUGAAACAACGUAUUGGAUUUUUGUUACAAAAUGAAAAAGAUCAACACAAAGUGUUAACAAAUUUAGGGAAACAAGAACGUUUUGUUAAACAAGAAUUUUCAAAAUUAAAUGAACAAAUGAAAAGUUUAUUAAUUUAUGUUGAAAAUGAAAAACAACAAAAUCGACAAGCUAUGGAAAAAUUAGAUAAUUUAUUAAUACAAUUAGAAAAAUCGUCAAUUGAUAAAGCUAAAACCCAAUAUGAAAUUCAAACACUAAAAGAAGAAGUGAAACUAAUGCAAACCACCAGAGAAUUUUUGAAUGAAGAACGCGAUAAUAUAAUAACUAUUCAAACAGACGCAAAUGAAUUUAUGUUAUCGCGUCUAAAUGAUUCCAUAUUACGUAUUCGAGAAGAUUUUAAUGUUUUGAAUCAAUUACAAUUGAAACAAUUAGAAAAUGAAUAUAAACAAAUGUUAAGAAUUGUUGAAGUAAGUGUAAAUGACACAUUGGAUGAUGGUAGUACUGCAUCAGCGACUGUACUGCAUCAGCGACGACAAGCAAAAUUUGAAGAACUACAUGAAGAAGCGUCUCUAACUCAACAAGAAUUGUCAACACUGAGCGAUUAUAAUCAAACACUAGUGGAUAAAGUAAAUCAAAUGGAAACAAGUUUAUUAAAGAUACAAAAUGAACGUUUACAAUCAUUACAAGAAAAAGAUUUAGAAGUUGAACGAAAUAAAAAUGAAUUACAGCAAUUAUAUGAAAAAUUAAAUAAUUUAGCCGAAUAUGAUCGAAAUUUAAAAUUUGAAUUAACAUUAUAUCGUGGUGUGUUGGAAAGUGAAUACCGUCGCAGACAACAACCGGUGCCGCCAUUACCACAACAACAAACAACAUUAACAAGGACACGAGUAGGAUUCGGUACAACCGAGAGUGAAACAACGCCACCAUUACUUCUACGUUCAUCAUCAAUCAGUUCAAAAACUACAACACUAUCGCCUACUAUUGGAGAUAAAUCACCAUGGAGCACUUUGCAUAGUAGUACAUCAAACAAUCAACAAACACCAAUUGAAGUAGAAUCUAGUAGAAUAUCAACAUCAUCAUCACUUGGAGACGAAAAUCAAACGACACAAGAAAAAGAACAAAGUCCAUUAGACACUCAAGGGGCAGUAAAUGACCUCGAAGCAGAUCUCAAAGUACUUGAAAAAACUAUUAACGAUGCAUAUGAACAACAAACAAAAAAAUCUCCAAUCGCGAGUUCAAGUAAAAGUUCAACGUCGACAAUCGACGAUCAAGAUGGAACAGAAGAACAGAACAUUGAUACAGAAUCUUUUAGAGAUCAAAAAAUGGAAAGUUACCUAACUAGUUCUAAAACUGAGCAAAAUUUAGAGUCUCCAGUAAAAACAGAGACGAUCAACGACUAUAAAUUUUCACCAAUCGCUAAAGAAAACGAUCCCUUAACCAUCAGAGAUAUUGUGCAAAAUAAAACAUCUCCACCGUCAAGUCCCAAACCAAAAAAUGAACAAAGUGAAGGAAAGGAAGAGAAUGUAAAAUCAUACUCUGUCGAUAUGCGAACAUCAUAUAAUCAAGAGCAAGAACGAUCAACUCCGCAAUCUCCACCUGAAACUCCGACUGACGAUAAAGAACAAUUUUCAUCUAGUAAAAGUGAGGAUCUAUCAAAAACGGCAUCGUCAAACGAACAGAAACAACAACAAAUUGAAAGCUCUGUUCCGCAAUCUCCAAAUAAUGAGAAGCAAUUAAUAUUUAGCGGAAGCGACGAUGCGCCGUCAAAAACUAUUGUAAGUAACGAAAGUUUGAUAAAAAAGAAUGAGCAACAAUCUCUCACCAGUUCUGAACAACAGGCAAACACUUCCGCGCGUAAUAGUAGAGAAGACGUAUUCACAUCUGGGAAAGAAGAUCAUAACCCAUAUAAAGUGCAGCAAUCAUCUGAUACGAAUACAAGCACGACUGGCAUAUUUCAGAGUAUCUCAACAUCUCAACAUGAAUCUACAAACAUCGACGAUACGAUUUCGGACGUCAGCCAAACGUCAACGUCGAAUACACGCGAACGACAUUCGUCGUCCCCACAUCGCAAUUAUAGUUACAGAGACCGUUUAACAGUUGACAAUGAUUCCAUGGAUUCCAUGGAAAUUGAUGCUGACAAACAAAAAGAAGACAUGCCCAAGACAAGUUCGAUGGAUGAUAAACAAAGUGAUAAUAAUAAAUCGGAAGCCGAUUUAUUGAUGACAUCUGCUUUAUUUGAGAAACCGCAAUAUAAUGACGAGAAAUUUAACAUGUUAAAUGUCAAUGAGGAGAAGGGAAAUUUCUCCUCAGUCUCCCAUUUUGAUCAUCAAGUAGCACCAGUUAUUGGUACUACCGAUCAAAUUGAAAAAACAGUUAAAUCAGCACACUUUCCUCCUCAAUCGAUUCAGUCAGAAUCGAAUAGUAACGAACUGGAUUCAUUCGGAUACCAACGAGAAGAGAAACACUAUACUGAAGAGGAGGGAGCACAACGUUCAUCGUCAUUAGGGGAUUCUUUAGAAGAUGUAUCAAAAUCAUGGUUGGACACAUCUCAAACAGUGCAACAUACUAACGAUCUUCAACAUUCAACUGAUGAUGAGUAUGAUAGUCAACAAAAAAGAAGUAAUCGCUCAUCAGAUGAUACUGAAUUAAAUGAAAAUCAGCAGAUUAUGAAAAAACUAUCAUCACAAUCGCCACCUAAACAUCAGUUAUUGGAAAGUUCAGAAGAGAAAACAGACGUGAAUGAUGAAGAUAAUAUAGGUCUAACGUUAGAAGCAAUUCGUAAUAUAUUUCGAGAUUUGACAAAUGACGAUAAUAUUGUUGAAAUAAACGAUGAAUUACCAAAGAGAUUGUUAUCUCGUUUAAAAAUGAGAAAUCAUCUACUACAAACAUUGUUUGAAGGUGUUUUGGUAAAAUAUAUAGCAGAAGCUGCGUCUGAUAGAGAACGUCCAGAUACAUUAAACUGGAAUGAAUUUCGGGAUAUUUUAUUUCCUAUCUUAACAGGACACUAUAUGGAUAGACAUGUAAGAAAAUUAUUUGAAUUAUUUGAUACAAGUAAAGAUGGAUAUUUAUCAAAAGGAGAAAUUGGAGAUUUAUUGCGGUUAAUGCAAAUAGAUAAUCCAAAUUCUACAGCAAAUAAUAUAAUACAGCAGUUUGACGGGGACAAUGAUGGAUAUCUGAGUGUUGAUGAACUGAUAUCAGCAAUACAAGAAUUAGAUAGUACCAAAGGCAACUAUUUAUCAAACGAAGUCACAAACGAAUCAUGGUGGUCUGAAUUUAAUGACGAUGAUGACGAAGAGCAAUAUAUCCAACAAAUAUCAUUACACGUACCAGUGCUACAUGAUAAUGAUCAACAACAGCAACAACAAGAGUUAUUAUCAUCGAAUGAUCUUUUGGAGCGCAUUAAACCUUCUACACAACAACAACAACAGCAGAUAAAUUUUAAUGAGGAUAUCGAUGAAAAGGAUCGAAUGCAAUCUUUAGGACGACUAUACAAAGAUUUAGGAGCUGAUAUUAACACAGCUGAAUUAGAAGUCACAGAUUUAUUAGCAAAUCAACUAGCAAACAGAAUUAAGUUAAAAGACGAAAAUGUACAAAAUAUAUUACGAACAAAAUUACAAAUAUAUUUUGAAUCAAAAAAAACAUCCGAUAGAACAGAUAAUAAGCCAACAAUUACUUGGGAUGAUUUUUGUGACGUUCUUUUUCCGAUUACAUCUGGUAGAUUUACAAAUAAAGAUAUUGAAUUAUGGUUUAAACUAUUUGAUUCUGAUAAUAAUGGUUAUUUAACGAAAGAACAAAUAACAAAUUUAAUAUAUCUGUUACAAAUAAAGAAUCCUGAAAAUACUGUUGAUAGAUUAUUAUUGUACGAUGAUAAUAAACGUUUAAGUGUACAAGAAUUGAUUAUAGCUAUGAAUGUUGAUGCCACUUCACAACAGAUAAUAACAGAAAAUGAACAAGAUAAACGAAAGCAAGUGUACAAUACUUCCUGGUUACGAUGGUUGUGGAGUGGUAUAUUUUAA